AUGAGAGGCCGUCGCCUCACUUGGGGGGCGCGUGCGUCCUCUGAAGGGCAGGAGGGGUGUUCCCGCAACGCGUGGUACAAGUACCCGCGCAGCCAGGGCGACCAAAGCAAGGAGGGCGGGAGGAAAGACACAGGAGGGGUUGGUCGCAGCUCCAACAACAAGAAGAAAAAGGAGGAUAAACCCGAUGCCAUGCGUGAACUUACAACUCACCUCGAUGAGCGUGACGAAGCCCUGAUGCUCAUCCAGUGCUCGGGGUUCAUCUUCGUGCGAUCACAGCCCGACAUUUUCCGCUCCUUUGGCUUUAAGGAGGAGCCAGUCAUCAUCGCCAUCCUCUUGUUCCAGGCGGAUGCAUUUGCAGUGAAGAUGGGGUAUGCACCGAAGCUGCGAUCAGGGCUCAUCAAGAUGCAGGAGGAGAACCUAUCAGCAAUGAACACGGACCCCUGGUACUCCGCAUACCACUGCCCCUCCUGCCACUCACACCCACUGAUAUCUCCCCCAUCUCCCUGCCAUGUACCCCUCUGUGGUGUGUCUCCAUGCCCCACAGGAGGAGAACCUAUCAUCUAUGAACACGGACCCCUGGAGGAGAACCUAUCAGCAAUGAACACGGACCCCUGGUACUCCGCAUACCACCACUCGCACCCGUGCUUGCCUGAACGACUUGCCACCAUCGAUGCCGAGGCGAAGAGGCUGGGCAAGAAGGAAGAGUGA